UGAGCAAAGGAAAGAAACGGGAGGAGAAAUACCAAAUCCUGAAAAAAACUUAGUCCUCUCCUCAUUUGCUCUCCGCCCCUUCCCAAACCCUAGUGCAACCGUUCCUCUUCUUUUUUACUCCUUCACUAUUCAAAUUAUUCCACUUCUCCACUCUUCUUUGAUCUCUUACUCUUCACUCUUCGUCCAAUUUCAUCAAUUUUUCACCUCAAAGGACCACACUUCCCGAAUCCAACAUUGCACCAUUUGAAUUCACUGCUCGAAUUCUCUCUUUCUUGCCGUCAAUUUAGCGAUUCGAAGCUGUGUUUGCUGCUCGAUUGAAUUUGUUGGGUUGUAUAUAGAGUAUAGAGUUGUGGUCCUUGUGGAGGAGAAGAAGGAGAAGAAAAAGGGGAUUUGGGAUUUUAAUUUACCAGUUUGCCCCCCUUGAUCUUUCAAGAGGAAGAAUUCUGGUAUCCAUGUCAAAGUUAAUGGUUCACCUUCACAUGAAACACUGAUCCAUGGAUCUUGAAAUCAAGAAGUUUGAAAGAGGACCAAGAGAGCUGACUGGUGCUGUUGAUCUUAUAAGUCAUUACAAGUUGUUGCCUCACCAUGAGUUCUUCUGCAAGCGAUCACUACCUUUGUCAAUUUCUGACACACAUUAUCUUCACAAUGUUGUGGGAGACACUGAAAUCAGAAAAGGAGAAGGCAUGCAAUUGGAUCAGCUUAUCCAGAAUAUUCCCUAUUCCAGAGAUAGCAAUACACGCAUACAGUCAUUUGACCUAGAUGUGCUCAGAGAGGCCUUCCAAUUUAAGGAAACCACUUCUAUAGAUUUGCCUCAUGCAGAGAAGGGGACUCCUACAAUUGCAGCGAAAUCAAAAAGUGAGUCCAAAGACAAAGAGAGGAAGCAUAAAAAGCACAAAGAUAAAGAUAAGGAGAAGGAUAAAGAGCAUAAGAAGCACAAGCACCGUCAUAAAGAUAAAGAUCGGAGUAAAGAUAAAGACAAGGAGAAGAAGGAUAGGAGUGGACAUCAUGAUUCUGGUGGUGAUCACUCUAAGAAACAUCAUGAAAAGAAAAGAAAGCAUGAUGGAGAUGAAGAUAUUAAUGACGUUCACAAGCACAAAAAAAGUAAGCAUAAGAGCUCAAAAAUUGAUGAGAUUGGUGCCAUAAAGGUGGCUGGCUGAAGCCUUUGACAUAAUAGUGUCCAUUUGUUCUUUGAGUGGUUGUUGUUGAGAAUUUGGAAGGGAUUUUCACUUAAAGUAGUCAAAUUGUAUGAGAGUAGGUUCUGAACUGACUGAAAAAUGUGAAGAUGGUGAAUUUGCUUGACACAGGAAAAUUUGGAUGCAGGGUAAAAAUAGCUGAAAAUGAACUUUGUAUCAUAACAAUUUAUAUAUUUGCUGGUAAUAGGUUGAAUUUUAAGCCUUUCUUCUUUUUUUCUCAGUUUUUAUGGUGCCUUGGAUAUUUUGGCAUUUAUACAUUAUUGUAAUCAUUUGUCCUUUUUAGAGUAGUGGUGGUCUCAAAGCCUAGCCCCAUAAUUAGUUUCAAGUAGAAUCUCUAGUGUCGAAUUGUAGGAAGAUCAGGUCUGAGAUAUAGGAUUUUUGUAAAUCAAUUCCUUCCUUACCUCAUUUUUGUGGCGAUGGCCAACAUAAACUAGUUCCUCAAAAAAGGGCCUGGGUUUUUGUCCUCUCA